AUCAAUACUAACAAUUAAGCAGAGCCCAUAUGCAUGUAAAUUACACUAGCAAUACUCCACAUCUUUUCUGUUCUUCCCACUACUCUGUCUCCCGUUUCCUCGAGUAGGCUGUUCAGAGCUAGCAAUGGACUUUGUGAGCCCAAUAGUGGAUGUUACAUGCCGAUUAUGUGGUUGCAUCGCAAACACUACCAACUAUAUUCAUCAUCUCCAACAUAAUCUCAACUCUUUGAGAAUCGAAAAGGAAAAAUUGAUCGAGCGAAGAAACGAUGUGAAGAGACAAGUUGAAAGUGCUGAGAGGCAACAAAUGCAACGAACAGAACAAGUAGAUGGCUGGCUUCGUAGAGUAAACCAGCUGGAGAGGGAAGUGGACCAGAUUGGUGAUGAAGAGAUCCAGAGAAGAUGUCUCAAGAUUUGCCCCGGAAGUUGCUUGUCUAGACACAAGCUCGGGAAGAAAAUAUCUAAAAAGCUACGAGUUGUGGCUGGUCUGAACAGUGAAGGGGGUUUCAGCACAGUGGCUGUAACAUUGGCCCCGCCACAUGCCGAAGAAAUUCCUCUGGACAGGACAGUGGGCUUGGAUUCGAAUUUUGACAAGGUCUUGAGGCUUCUUAGAGAUGAUGGUAAUGGAGUGGGAACCAUCGGGAUAUACGGAAUGGCUGGAGUUGGAAAGACGACUCUAUUGAAGAAACUCAACAAUGAGCUUGCAACGCGGUUCAGUGGAGAGUUCGAUGAGGUGAUAUGGGUUGUUAUGUCCAGAGAUGUAAAUAGCGUCGAAAGCGUUCAAGAUAAAAUUGGGAAGAAGCUAGGAUUUCCAGGCACGUGGCGGAGUAAUAAAAGCCAAGAUGAGAAGAAACAAGACAUCUUUAGGUUCUUGCGGGGGAAGAAAUUUGUGCUACUUCUGGAUGACAUAUGGAAGCGGAUUGAUCUUCUCGAAGUGGGAGUUCCAGUACUUUCAUACAAGGCCAAGGUAAUAUUCACCACCAGAUCUGAGGAGGUGUGUGGUCUUAUGGAAGCCAAGCAGAAGAUUAAAGCGGAAUGUUUGGUAUGGGAACAAGCCUGGGAUUUGUUUAAAGAUAAGGUGGGAGAAGAAACCCUUAAUUCUGACCCUGAAAUAAGAAAGCUAGCACAAGAUGUUUGCAAAGAAUGCUCUGGUUUGCCACUGACAUUGAUUACAAUUGGACGAGCCAUGGCUAGCAAGAGAACCCCCCAUGAAUGGGAUUAUGCAGUAAAUGUGUUGAAGAAAUCAACAUUCAAAUUUUCAGGUAUGGGAGAGCAAGUGUUUCCUCUUUUAAAAUUUAGUUAUGAUAACUUAUCUGAUGAAACAACUAAGAUUUGCUUCCUAUAUUGUGCUCUCUACCCAGAAGAUUGGGAUAUCUACGUUCCCGAUCUCAUAAAAUUGUUUAUAGGUGAGGGGUUUUUGGAUGAUGAAUGUGAUAACAUCAAUGAGGCUUGUACAAUGGCAUAUGAAAUUAUUGGUAGGUUGAAGUGUACAUGCUUGUUGUUGGAGAGCAAAGAAAGUGAUUCUUUUGUGAACAUGCAUGACAUGAUUCGGGACAUGGCAUUUUGGAUAGUUUCAGAGAAUGGAAGGAGGGAGAUGAAAUAUUUUGUGCAAGGAAAUCUUAAUUUGACCAAAGCACCUCCUAUUUCUAAAUGGGAGAUGGCUGAACGAGUAUUUUUGUUGAGGAAUUCCAUUGAAGACUUAAGUGGAACUCCUAGAUGUCCCAAUCUCUUGACUUUAAAUCUUAGUUGUUCCGAUCACUUGUCUGGUUUUCUUACUAAUAGUCGUCUAAUAACCAUUUCUGAUAACUUCUUCCAGUUUAUGCCGGUUCUCAAAGUUCUAGACCUGUCAGGAAAUGAAUAUUUAACAAAGUUACGGUCAAGCUUUUUCAGGUUGUUUUCUUUACAACAUCUUGAUCUCUCAUUGACAGGCAUAACAGAGUUGCCAAUUGAGUUUAAGUCGUUGGUAAAGUUGAAAUAUUUGUAUAUGAAUGAAAUGCAUAAACUUGAUAGGAUCCCACCAUAUUGCACGUUUGGUUUAGGCAUUGAACAUUGCCAAUGCUCACGUUCACUGCAACUGUCUUCUCUACAGAAAAAUAUUAAGAGACUCGAAUUUUUAGAAAUUAAAUUUUGUUAUGAUUUAGAGUUGUUGUCAAUGAGCUGGGAUAUGAUAGAUGGAAGCAGAAGCUUCCAUAACCUCGGGAUAAUCUGGAUCACACACUGCACGCUUUUGAGUGAUCUAACAUGGCUAAUUUGCGCGCCAAACCUUCAAGAGUUGGGAAUUUCUUACUGUUGUGCAAUGGACCAAGUAAUAAAAGAUGAUGAUAUUGGUAGGGAAGGAAGUUUGGGUGUGUUCGUGAGGCUACAAAAAUUGUUUCUAGAUGAACUGCCAAAGUUGAAGAGCAUCUACAGCCAUUCAUUGUCCUUCCCCUCUCUAAUCCACAUUAAAGUGCAUGACUGUCCGAGGCUUAAGAAACUUCCUUUUGACUGCAAUAGCGGCAAAGACACUCUUCGAACAAUUCAGUGUGGAAGAGGGUGGUGGGAUAAGUUGGAGUGGGAAAAUGAAGAAACUCAAUCUGUUUUCUCUCCUCUUUUCAAAGAAGAAUGGUGGUAAUUGUGAGGAAGAGUUGCCUUAUCUCAGUCACAGGUAAAAAUCUCCAUUAUUAACUACUCGUUAUUGUUUUUUCCCGAAAAUUUUAUAAUAUUAUGGGGUACCGUACCCAAUCUCUCAGACGUUGGAUGUAAUGGUAGGACCUACCUGAUGGAUAAUCUAACGGCUAAGAGAUCCCGGGGUACCUAUAGAACUUCUUGUCCCUGUGAAGUAGUGUCAUGCUUAAUGCUAAGUCUCUUUUAAUCUUUCUUUUCUCUUUUCAAAGAAGAAUGGCGGUAAUUUUGAGGAAGAGUUGCCUUAUCUCAGUCAUGAGAAGUCAUCCAACAAACAGCUGGGAGACACAGAAGGGACGCUACUCCCAUGUAUUCUAGAAUUUUCCUUCCGUCACAGUCUCUCGAAGCAGAUAUCUAAGUGGAAGUGGAAAGCAAAAAAUGUCAUUUAUACCCCUGUUAUACAAAUAGUGAUAUUAUUAGUUUUAACUUCUUUUUGUUCAUUCUAUCACGAAUACCACCGAUGUUGUAAUUAUUUUUUUGGCACAUUAUUGUCCAACUUAAAAUAACAAUUUUUGAAUCAUUAGAAACUAAGUGCAUGCUUAAGAUUGAUUUACAUAGUUUAUUGCU